AUGAACCUGAAGCAAGAAAAGAUACAAGAAGUUACAGAAGUACUCGAUGGUUCCGAAUAUGUUACAUUUUCCUAUAUGAUCCCCUCUAUUUUAGGAUUAAUAAAUAAGUUAGAUUGCUCUACAGACUAUUCUAAUGAAUCGAAUGAUAUAAAUUUUGAAACUCCUGACCUAGCAUUCGAUGAUAAUAUUGGAUUUGUUGAUGCACAGAAAGAGGAAGAAGCAAAAGCUGUACUUCGAGAAAAAUAUAACAAUAUUAAAUCACUUCAUCAAUCUUUACUAACCUUAAUAAACCAGCCUUUAGAUUUUAUUGAAGAGCAACUUUUAGUUGAAAAUAGUCGGAAAGAACUAUACCAAAUCUAUCAAAAAACAUUCAUCAAAUUAAUUUUUAUGCACAAUACUGUCGAUGAGCCAAUUGAUGAAAUUAGUUAUUACCUUUCUUUACCUGAUGCUUCCUACAAUCAUAAUCCUUUUCAUUGGUAG